AGGACCGCAGGGACAGGGGAAGACGUGGCUGACACUGUCCGACUUGGCUAAAUUAGCCGCUAUUGUAGUCAACGUGAAUAACCGUCUGACUGAAGCACAGGAAGUCCGAAGAGUGGGCUAUGGUGGGGAUUCCAGGAGCUUUUCACUACAGUGGAGAGAAGAAGAAGGUCUCUGCCAUGCCCGGUUCCCCUGUGGAUGUGAAGACUCAUUCCAGACCGGCUCCCUCCGCCAUGCCUCCUCUCCCCUCCGUCAACCCCAGCGGCCCGCGGCCAGCCACCUUCUCCUCCACAGCGCUGACCAACGGGAUGAACCACUCGCCGCCCACCCUCAACGCGGUGCCCUCCCCGCCGCAGCGCUAUAGCAACGGCCCAUCCUCCUCCUCCUCGUCCUCGCUGGCCAAUCAGCAGCUGCCUGCCACCUGUGGCGCACGUCAGCUCAGCAAGCUCAAGCGCUUCCUCACCACGCUACAGCAGUUCGGCAACGACAUCUCGCCCGAGAUCGGCGAGAGCGUCAGGAACCUGGUGCUGGCCCUCGUGAACUCCACUGUGACCAUCGAGGAGUUCCACUCAAGACUGCAGGAGGCAACCAACUUCCCCCUGCGGCCAUUUGUCAUUCCGUUCUUAAAGGCCAACCUGCCCCUGCUGCAGAGGGAGUUGCUGCACUGUGCGCGGGCCGCUAAGCAGACUCCUGCCCAGUACCUGUCCCAGCACGAGCACCUCCUGCUCAGCACCACCGCCCCCUCCCCACCCGACUCCACCGAGCUCCUGCUCGAGCCACGCGACGACAAGAGACACAGCCCCAGCAGGGGGAAGGAGAAUGGUUUUCACGAGCGGCCCGCAGCCUCUCUGGAGCCCCCGACCAAACGCAUCUGCACCAUCAGCCCCGCGCCGCGCCACAGCCCCGCCCACCCGCUGCCGCUGGCCAAUCAGAUCCACCCCACGCCGCCGCCUCUGCAGCACUACGCCAUCGACGACAUCGCCACCCCACACCUCUACAGGGAGCCCCACCGCAUCCUGGAGCUCAGGGAGCUCAAAGACCGACCCCGCCUUCCAGGCACGAAUGGAGGCUACCGUGAGGAAUCCGUGGACCACAGGCUGACCGAAAGGGAAUGGGCCGAUGAGUGGAGACAUCUUGACCAUGUCCUCAACUGUAUCGUGGACAUGGUGGAGAAGACCCGGCGUUCGGUCAACGUGCUGCGGCGAUGCCAGGAGGCCGACCGCGAGGAGCUCAACUACUGGCGGCGGCGGCUCAGCGAACAGGAGCAGGACCCCCGCAAGGCCGGACCAGGGGCGCCCACCUUCUCCAAGACCCACAGCCCACACACGGCCGAGGGACUCAGCACAGAGACACAGAGAGACUUCUCAAACCACCCAGGAUCGGCUUAUGUGUCUGAUGAGAUCUGGAGGAAAGCCGAAGCAGUGAACGAGGUGAAGCGUCAGGCCAUGGACGAGGUACAGAAGGCGGUGGCUGAGGCCGAGCACAAGGCCUUUGAGAUGAUCACGGCAGAGAGGGCCAAGAUGGAGAAGACUCUGGCCGAUGCCAAGAGGAAGGCCACAGAAGACGCCAUCCAGGUCAUCAACGAGCAGGAGGACUCCAGCGAGUGCUGCUGGAACUGCGGGCGCAAGGCCAGCGAGACGUGCAGCGGCUGCAACGCGGCGCGCUACUGCGGCUCCUUCUGCCAGCACAAGGACUGGGAGCGCCAUCACCUCAUCUGCAGCCCCACCCUGCAGGCCCAGCCCAAGCCCCUGUCCCUGUCCGCCGUCAACGCCCUGAGCGCCCGGCUCCUGGCCAAGGCCCCCGAGAGCGCCCCGGCCCCCAGCCCCAACGCCGGAGCAGCCGCGGCCGCAGGCCUGGAAAAGGCCACCUCCAGCACCUCCAGGGCGUCCACGCCCUCCACGCCCUCCACCUCCACCCCAGAGGCCAACGGACACUAGAGCGCGAUGGUGGGGGAGGGAUGACGCGGCUGCGGAACUGCAGCAGAGACACAUGGGAAACAGGAAGAGCAUGGAGGAGCCAUGAGAUGCUAUGUAUAGGAACUUCAAGAAGCGCGAGCACAAAGCGGAUGGUGGGAAGAGCAGCUGUGGAAUCAGGAGGACAACUGCUGCUGUUUAGGUUUGAUGACAUCGGAGGAAACGGCACGGACUUGAAAACACAUUAUGAUCAGUUGGAGAAACGGACAAUCCUCCAGAAGAGUCGACUGUGUGUGUGUGUGUGUGUGUGUGUGUGUGUUUGUGUGUGUGUGUGCGCAUGCACUUCUUCACCUGAUGAAGUUGGCCAGCAGAAAGCAUGGAAAGAAGACACUUGAUUUUUCAUGUCCGAGUUUCCUCGUUGGUGGCAACAGAAACCAUGGCGAAUUCCCUGUGUUUUUCCCUUCUGUGUCAUCAGCUGUGGACUGAGGAAGAGAACUGAUAAACAUUAAUAUUGUCUCACCAGAUCAGAAGACAUUUACUAGUAACAUGAAAUGCUCUCCUAACUUUCUAUUAUUAUUGUAUAGUAUUUGGUGUUGUUCAUUGUAAUGCACGCACAAAUUAUCGUCAGGUUGGUGAGCGUGAAUUUGUAUGUAUGUUUUGUUCUGCCCGAAUGUGAGUUUGUGUGUCGGUACUUAUGUAAAAUAGAUGAGGGGAGGUUUAGGAGGACUCUGAGGGUUCUUUUCUUCUGUUUAAAUGAAAUGACAUUUACAGUUUAAAGCAUUUGUGUAAUAUCAGAGCAAUAUAAAGAACAUGUUCAGGAAUCAUGCGCAAUCAUGUGUGGCCAAAGUCUCAUUGUCUAACGGUUGUAUUUGACGCAUGGAUAGGCUUUAAAGCUACACGGAAAGAGCUCAUGUCAUCAUCAUCAUCCUGUCGUCAUAAAGAGCUGAUGUCAUCAUGAAGUGUCAUCAUCAUGUCAUCAUGAAGUGAUGGUCACAACCUAGGAUUUGGAAGCACAACUCGAAAUCACAUCACAUAAACAACAGAAAAAUGCUUCAUAUUUACUCAUCGUCAUUGGUAACAAAAUCAACAACAAUGCUGGGACUGGUGGGUGGUUUCACAGUGUGGGUGUUGACCUGGGUGCUAUUUAAUGUUCAGAGAAAGGGGAAGUCCAUCAUGUUAAGUCUGUAAAUGUCUGGCAGCCCUGUAAGUGUACGGUGAACGCUGUUACCUAUCGGUUUUACAGUAAAAGCUCAGAGUGUCUGAAUCUCAGGAGUUACAUGUUUUCAAGGACGUAUUCCUUCCUUUGUCAUGUAAGAUAAGAUACAGAAAAUAGAGCCUUUGUUUUUCUUAACUUUGUUGUCUUGUUAUGUUAUGUUUUGUCUUUCUUAUGAUACACAGCAGAAUUGAUUCCAUUAUUUUUUCAUUAUAAAAAUGUCAUAUCUGUAAAAAAAAAAAGAUUAUCCUAAAAGAAUAUCUUUAUUUUGUGAGCCACGUUGUUCUUCAACAACACUUUUUGGUGAGACUUCAUAAGAAAGGAAUAUUGAUAAGAAGUAGAGCAUAAAAAUAAAUAAAGGAAAUGAUGUGAA